AGGAGACCAAAAACUAGGAGACAGUCUAAUACACUUGUAUUGGGAAAGAAUCAAUUUUCAAAAUGAAUUUCUUCAUAAAUAUUUUUUUUUCCUUUGACUCCUUUCAUUGAUAAAAAAAAAUCCUGCACCUCUCUAAUGAUGAAUACUUGAAUAGAGUCAGAUAUUUAUUCUAUUAAAUAAUUUAGUUAUUUAUUUAGAACCUACCUUUAUUUGCUUUGAUGGUUAUUCUCAUCUGAGUUUUCUUCUUCUCUCUUAUUUCUCUCCCAAGUUUCUUAUUUUUUUUCCUCUUUACUUUACACAAAGGAACAACAAAUAAUGUGGAACCUUAACGACUCACCCGAUCAUCACGAAGAAUCCGACAGUAGAGGGAAUCCGGUCGGACACGUGUCAAACGGGAUGAGUCAAUCUGCAACGUGGCUACCGUUUGUGCUUCCGGUGACCAGGAAUUUCUUUCCGGCUCAAAGCAUGGAACCGGGAGUUCGUUGGUCCGGUUUCAAUAGUGUCGGUAAGUCGGAUCCAAGCGGAUCGGGUCGACCAGAAGAGCCGGAGAUAUCACCGCCGAUAAAGAAGAGCCGACGUGGUCCUCGCUCACGUAGCUCUCAGUAUCGAGGAGUUACGUUUUACCGACGAACCGGAAGAUGGGAGUCACAUAUUUGGGACUGUGGGAAGCAAGUGUACUUAGGUGGAUUUGACACUGCACAUGCUGCUGCUCGAGCCUAUGAUCGAGCGGCGAUUAAAUUCAGAGGUGUAGAUGCAGAUAUUAAUUUCGACAUUGAAGACUACCUUGACGAUUUGAAACAGAUGGGAAAUUUGACAAAGGAAGAGUUUAUGCAUGUACUUAGAAGGCAAAGCACUGGGUUUCCAAGAGGCAGUUCUAAAUACAGAGGUGUUACUUUGCACAAAUGUGGAAGAUGGGAGUCACGUUUGGGUCAAUUCCUCAACAAAAAGUACGUUUAUUUGGGUCUCUUUGAUACCGAGAUUGAAGCUGCUAGAGCUUAUGAUAAAGCGGCAAUAAAGUGUAAUGGGAAAGACGCUGUUACCAAUUUUGACCCUAAAGUAUACGAGGAAGAAGAAGAUCUUAGCUCAGAGACGACGAGGAACGGUCAUAAUCUUGGUCUAAGUCUAGGAGAAUCAUCAUCUGAAGAGUUUAGACUCAAGUCUGAUAUUGCAAGCAUAAGAAGUAGGAUUAGAGAUGAGGAGAGAUUAUUAGGGAGCGAUCUAUCGCUAGCAAUGAUGACGACGACUGUCAGAUCGGAAAAGCAGCAAUCGGACGGUGGAGGAAAUCGAGUGGUGGGAAUGGCAGCAUCAUCAGGAUUCUCUCCUCAACCUUCCCCUUACCGCAUUCCUCGCACCUUCCACUUCUCUCGUCCCUGAUUCAUCAUCAUCAUCAUCACUAUCAUCACAAUCAUCAUCUGAGCUAGUGUUAACCAAGUUAUGCUUUAAUGAAUUUGAGUUAUUCUCGAGCUAUUUUUGGGCUCUGUAAUACAUAUAUGUUCUUGAGUACGGUAUAACAAGUUUUUUUCUUUCUGUUAAUUUAAUCAGAC